CUUUGAAUAGUACAUAUUCAAAUAAUGUGAGCGUUUUGUGGUAUUGAUUAACUGCACUAAUUGAGACCUAUCUGUACUCACACUUUCUAGACUUUCUGCUAGCAUUUAAAAAGUAGCACAUAUCUUAAUCGCUCAGCUCUAGCAUGUGAAUUGCUUCCAGAAAACAAACCUUGCUUAAAUACUUUUCAUUUUCCCAGGAAAGCUGAGUUGGCCUUUAAUCCUCCAGUGAGAACAACUAUCCUCUCCACCACCACUAUCUUCAGUAUUUUCAUCCCCUCAGAGCCAAUAGCAGGAUAAUAAUUUACUUCCCAGCAGAAGCCACUCCUCAUACUCUUCUGACCUUCAGACUAAUUUAUAAAAACAAAAGCACCAGUUAGGGAGGAGGGAAGGAGGACGCAAGACAGUAACAGAAGAUGGAAUUAUUUUGCUUUUAGAGGGACACAGAGAAGCCAGCCUUCUAACAGUACCUCCAUAAGCGGGAGAGCUGAUCUUAACAUUUGCAGAAGGACAUAAGUUAAAGGAGCUUCAGACUACAACUCUCUUCCUAGCUGACAGGCUAGUGCCCAAAAGACAAGAAAUUGGUCAAAGAAUUUCUUCAGGCUGUAUGCUGACCCCCCCAGAUUGACUUGAUGCACUCACCUGGGGCACAGGCCCUCUUCACAACUCUGGGAAAGACAAAAGAUCUCAUAAAACAAGGCCGAGAGAGGUUGGAACAGACCAUCAAGGCCUCCAGCUCCAGGCUGUGCUCCUAUGCUGAAAGAGUAGCUGUUUUAAUGGACCAUUCCAGAAGUCCAGAGCAUAAUAGCCAGCCUUCAUCUCCAAGUGACAAUAUCAACCUUGGACCUUCUGCUAAUCCCAAUGCCAAGCCAACUGAUUUUGACUUCCUAAAAAUAAUUGGCAAAGGUAGCUUUGGAAAAGUCCUUUUGUCCAAACACAAGUCUGAUGGAAGGUUCUAUGCUAUAAAAGUUUUGCAGAAGAAGUCCAUCCUUAAGAAAAAAGAGCAAAACCACAUAAUGGCAGAACGUAACGUGCUCCUGAAGAAUGUGAAACAUCCUUUCCUUGUGGGGCUCCACUAUUCUUUCCAGACCAAGGAGAAACUCUACUUUGUACUGGAUUAUGUAAAUGGAGGAGAGUUAUUUUUCCACUUGCAAAGAGAGCGCUGUUUCCGUGAACCACGAGCUCGUUUCUAUGCAGCAGAAAUGGCCAGUGCAGUGGGCUACCUCCACUCACUGAAUAUCAUAUACAGGGACUUGAAACCUGAAAAUAUUCUUUUGGAUUGUCAGGGUCACAUUGUUCUGACAGAUUUUGGACUUUGCAAAGAAGGAAUGGAGCCAGAAGAAACAACAUCUACCUUUUGUGGAACACCAGAGUACUUGGCUCCAGAAGUACUUAAAAAGCAGCCUUAUGACCGAACUGUAGACUGGUGGUGCCUUGGAGCCGUCCUUUAUGAAAUGCUAUUUGGCUUGCCUCCAUUUUACAGUCGGGAUAUGUCUCAGAUGUACGAUAAUAUCCUGCACAAACCACUUCAGAUUCAAGGAACCAAAACCAUAGCAGCUUGUGAUAUCCUACAAGGACUUCUUCAUAAAGAUCAGAAGAAGAGGCUUGGAGCCAAGACCGAUUUUUUUGAAAUAAAGAACCAUAUGUUCUUCGCUCCAAUAAACUGGGAUGAUUUGUAUAAUAAGAAGAUCACUCCUCCAUUUGAUCCUAAGGUGGCUGGACCAGCUGAUCUACGACAUUUUGACCCAGAAUUCACUCAGGAAACUGUUUCCAGUUCCAUUGUCCAAACUCCUGAUUUAGCUACCAGCAGUUCCAGUGCAACAGAUGCUUUCCUAGGUUUUUCUUAUGCACCAAAUGAUGAAGAUUAAAGCAUCCCAUGUAAACAAGGCUUGAGAAAUCCAGUUUUAGCUCUUUAUUUAAAUCAGAGGAAGACAUUACACACUGACUAAUCUUCUAACUGGAAAAGAACCAAACUUUGCAACUUUGAGAUACAGAGACUUACAAUGUGAAUGUUCCUCUUGAGCAUUGCCAAUCACUGUAGUUAAACUAAUUUUAUUUCUAGAGGCAUGAACAAAUUUAUUGAUACAACCUUUUACCAAAAUGGAUGAUGUCCUAAGGGAACACAGGUAAUUUCUAGAUGCUUAAGAGAGAUUUAGGGAAUUCUAGAUAACUCGUUAUUUUGUAUUCAGUUGUUUUAAGUUUGUGGCACUACCAGUUCAGACUAGUUGAAUCCAUUCUCUUGCAACAUUAUCAUAGACUUUAUGGCUCAUAAAUCUUUUGAUUGCACUUUGCUUGUCAUUGUGUAUGUCCUUGAGAUUUCCACAGGAAAUGUUUGGGGCUAGUUAGAAAAGCUGUAACUACCUCUCCUUGCCCCCAAUCUUUGUAGCUAGUCCUUCUAUGACAUUUGCAUGGCAUUGUAUUCAUUCUUCUCAAAUUAGUUGUCACUCCAUGUUUCAUGCCAGAUUUCAGGUAUUUCUCUUUAGUACUGAAUGCACUGCAAUAAAUGUAAUUGGUGGGAAUAACAAGCAAUGAUACAGUAUACUAGAUUCAAGGUCUUGUUGCUUUAGCUUGGAAAUAUUUCCAAUGAUCUCUGCUUAUAUUUUUAACAACCAUGCUUAUUUGUUCCUGUUUAUCUGAAAGAUAAAGUCUAGUAAUAACUACCUCUUAACAGCACAGAUCCAAAAGAAGCAAAUGGAUUUUGUUUUUAAGAACCCAUAAAAACAAACAAACUGCCUAAAUAAAUCUGUUAAGCCCAAAAUUGUAUUAAUGAGUAGGUAAAAGUAAAAUCUCAAUGUAGAAUUUUAUGGACACACCAUAUCAUUUUCUUGGCAACAAUACACAGAUGUUUUGUCCCCUUUUCCCAAGACAUUUUGUUGUUGUCUUUUUACUUCCCAGUGUAGCCUACAAUCCUGGGAUUUCCAGGUGUCUCCUAUCUAAGUACUAAGCCUGACUAUGCUUAGCUUUCAAGCACAGGCAAAGUUGACCAAGUGAUUUUUAUGAAAAAGGAACAUUACGAUUUCCAUCCAGUACUAUUAUGCCAAUAUAGUAUGUAGCCUUAUUUUUUUAAAUUUAGAACAAAUGGUCUAUGUCAAGUUGUUUUCAGCCACUCUGUGCCACAUUAAAUAAUUUCAAAUUAUGCAUUCCUCUUAAAUCUUUUAGACUGUGAAUAGUUCUUCCCACAAAACAUAACUACUUGAAUAGGCAAGAUCUUGAACAGAGUAAUAAGCUGAUUCUAAAAGCAAUUUCUUACUACCCACUGAAGGCAAAACACACAGUUCUGAUAAACUACAUAAGUAGAACCAGAGUUGGCUAGAAUGGACAUUAGGCAUAAGAACAAAAAUAUAAAAGCUGGGAUUUUCAAGAAAAGGUCUGAUGCUAGAUCUAGGGAAUGGCAAACUCAGUUACAAGGAAUAUGAACUACAAAGACUUUGGUAGCUUUGUACUUAACAUUUUUUUUAACAACCUGUGCCUAGAUUUAGCAUAGAUUAGAGUUUCAAAAACUUCAGUUUUCAAGUGUUUGGAGAAUGGCUAAUUGUCCCAAGAACAAAAGAAAUCAUGUAGUGCUUUAAAGACAGACAAAUAUAUUACAGUAUAAACUUUUUAAGGCUACAGUCCACUCCAUCAGGUACAUGGAGAGUGACUCUUCAGAAAGAGUACUAGUAUUAAAGCCAGGGCGAUUUUUUUAGACUGUACUGUAGUAUGUUAAAAAACUCACAAUGACUGGAUUCAGACGUUGUGCUAAGCCAUAAACGAAAGUUUACAAACCACCAUGGUUAGAUUCAUACAUCAUGUUAUGCCAAAUACAGCAAUUCACAUUUUGGUUUAGUUAAAAGAAUGAACCCAGCCUACAUUUAUACAUGUGUUUGUGUUUGUGUGUGUGUGUGUGUGUGUGAAUGAAUGAAUAUGUGAGUGUGGAAGGAAAUAAUAAAAUGGGAGAUAAGUUUUAAAAAAUGAAAUGCAGGUGAAGAUAAUGCCAAUUCACAAACCAUCUGCUGAGUACGUCACAGUCAUUCUUGCAUUAGUGCACUUGAUUAAGAUGUAGAAUAAUAAACUUUGGUCUUUACUUACCCCUUGAAAAAUGCUGUUCAACUAUGUAUGGAGAAAUGCCCCCCUUUUUCUUUGCCUUUGUAAUUAAGACUAUGAUAGAAGCACUGGAUUGGUUUACGUGACAGUCUCUCCUGAGUUCUGUGUUUCAUUGCUAUAUUAUGAUAACAUAGAAUGUCUUUCCACUCCCAUUUUAUUCUGAUAAAAUGUUGAAGACGUAAUAA